CUUCCAGUUGUGGCGCUAUAGUUCUGCCACCGUAAAAGCCUGAGAACGAGGAGUGUAGCCUACCGCAGAACAUAGGAGACGUUUUACUUUACCACAUCUCGACUCGUGAGCUGACCGUUUUAAAGAUCUCAUUUUCGUUUGAGGGAGAAAGCGGAUUCCACACUGAUGUUACGGCCCUUACAGUACCUGAGGCAGUGGAAAUCUGGGGAGACGAGCAUCCACAGGAUUCAGUGAGAGGGAAGAGGUGACAUUCUAAACGUUAAGAGAAAGGAAUAGAACCGGACUUGGCACUGUGCCUUGGGGGACACCCAUCUUUUUUGGGGACUGGACUGGUUGCAACGCCCUCACCAUUCCACCCUAAGCGGCGUUCUUGUUCUCCAACACGUCCUCCUCUGCCUGCAGGGCGUCCAGAGAACCAGGGCCUCCGGACCCACUCAGAGAAAAACAGCAGCACAGUAGGGAUGAGCGAGUUCUGGCACAAGAUUGGCUGCUGCGUGGUGGCCAAACCUCCACCGAGGAAGAAGCGCAGGAAAAUCGACCGCAGCAUGAUCGGCGAGCCCACAAACUUUGUCCACUUGACACACAUUGGCUCUGGGGAGAUGGCAGAGGGCCGGGCCCCGUCGGGGCCGGUCCAGGAUAAGAUGAGGUCAAAAGGACCCAGUGCCAACGGCCGCAAGAGCAUGUUAUAGCUGCUGCCUACCAAGCAUGGAGAACCAUUUCCAUCCUCCGCUAUGCGCCCCUCUCAUCCCAAAUCAAAAGCAGUCACUGCAGCGUAACCUGUUUCCAAUGGAGCACUUGGCAAACCUGAGAGCGGACCCUAACAGAGAGCAGAGAGGCUCUUCCUGACGUCUGCAGGAUCUAUUUAGCCAAACAGGACGAUGGCCUUUCUGUGGUCACCACAAGAAUCGCCCUGCUCAGAGGAGGAUAGACUGACAUGUUUUUAUGCUUUUUAAAGAAAAGUAUUUGUCUUUCUGAUGGACUUUGGACUUCCACUGUAUUUCAGCCAACAACGUUACUGUGUCUGUGCCAGCAAGUGUAUGGGAUGGAGCCGGUGAGAGUGUUUAGCUAAAUUUGUUGACUAACAUGGCUGAUUCCAUUUCAGGAAGUGAAGAUUAUGUUCUCAAGGAUCACCUGAAUGUUGCAAACCAUUGACCUACUGCCAAACAAACUAUUUUGUGUAUCUGUCUAAUGAAUGAGGAUGCACCUUUUAUUUUCCUACAGUGCAUAGUUAAAGGUGUCUUCGUGUGUGUUUAUAAGUGCAAAAUGCUAUGUGAUUUUUUUGCUGUUUAGAUACCAGUACUGAGUAGUGCUAUUUUGAUUGUACCAGUUGCCAUAGAGCUGCAUUUGGACUGCUACCCAGUUGCCAUAGAGCCCCAUUUGGACUGCUACCCAGUUGCCAUAGAGCCCCAUUUGGACUGCUACCCAGUUGCCAUAGAGCCCCAUUUGGACUGCUACCCAGUUGCCAUAGAGCCCCAUUUGGACUGCUACCCAGUUGCCAUAGAGCCCCAUUUGGACUGCUACCCAGUUGCCAUAGAACCCCAUUUGGACUGCUACCCAGUUGCCAUAGAACCCCAUUUGGACUGCUACCCAGUUGCCAUAGAACCCCAUUUGGACUGCUACCCAGUUGCCAUAGAACCCCAUUUGGACUGCUACCCAGUUGCCAUAGAACCCCAUUUGGACUGCUACCCAGUUGCCAUAGAACCCCAUUUGGACUGCUACCCAGUUGCCAUAGAACCCCAUUUGGACUGCUACCCAGUUGCCAUAGAGCCCCAUUUGGACUGCUACCCAGUUGCCAUAGAGCCCCAUUUGGACUGCUACCCAGUUGCCAUAGAGCCCCAUUUGGACUGCUACCCAGUUGCCAUAGAGCCCCAUUUGGACUGCUACCCAGUUGCCAUAGAGCCCCAUUUGGACUGCUACCCAGUUGCCAUAGAACCCCAUUUGGACUGCUACCCAGUUGCCAUAGAACCCCAUUUGGACUGCUACCCAGUUGCCAUAGAACCCCAUUUGGACUGCUACCCAGUUGCCAUAGAACCCCAUUUGGACUGCUACCCAGUUGCCAUAGAACCCCAUUUGGACUGCUACCCAGUUGCCAUAGAACCCCAUUUGGACUGCUACCCAGUUGCCAUAGAACCCCAUUUGGACUGCUACCCAGUUGCCAUAGAGCCCCAUUUGGACUGCUACCCAGUUGCCAUAGAGCCCCAUUUGGACUGCUACCCAGUUGCCAUAGAGCCCCAUUUGGACUGCUACCCAGUUGCCAUAGAGCCCCAUUUGGACUGCUGCCAAAAUAAAGGAAACCCCAACAUAGUGUCUUUAAUAGGGCACUGGGCACUACGAGCCAGAACAGCUUCAAUGCACCUUGGUAUAGAUUCUACAAGUGUCUGAAACUCUUGGAGGGAUGCGACACCAUUCUUCCACCAGAAAUUCCAUCAUUUGGUGUUUUGUUGAUGGUGGUGGGAAACGCUGUCUCAGGCUCCGUUCCAGAAUCUCCCAUAAGUGUUCAAUUGGGUUGAGAUCUGGUGACUGAGACGGCCAUGGCAUAUGGUUUACAUAGUUUUCAUACUCAUCAAACCAUUGUGACCACUCGUGCCCUGUGGAUGGGUCAUUGUCAUCCUGGAAGAGACCAUUCCCAUCAAGGUAGAUCUGUUUCACCCUACAGUAGGUAGUGGUUAGAGCGUUGGACUAAUAACCGGAAGGUUGCGAGUUCAAACCCCCGAGCUGACAAGGUACAAAUCUGUCGUUCUGCCCCUGAACAGGCAGUUAACCCACUGUUCCCAGGCCGUCAUUGAAAAUAAGAAUAUGUUCUUAACUGACUUGCCUGGUUAAAUAAAGGUUAAAAAAAAAUAUAUAAAAUAAAAAAUAAAAAGGUGAUCACUCAGAAUAGCUGUGUAUUUACUGAAGUUGACCUUGUCCUCUAUGGGGUUGAGUGGACCUAAACCAUGCCAGGAAAAUCCACCUCCACACCAUAAGAGCUGCCAAUAAGUACCCUCAUUUACUGGUGUGUCCUUUUGAGCAGUUACCUGUAGCUGGUCACUGUGAUACACAAUUUACUAGCACCUACUCUGAAAACCCCUAACUAUUAGUCAGCAGGAAGAGUCUGUUAGUAACAGGGGUUGUUGUUGUCGAAACACCCUGACCGUUACGGGGCUUUCCAGUGAUCUAUCCUGGAAUUACUCGGGAAUGCCACUCAUUAAAUCAACUUGAGCUUGUUGUAGGUGACGUGCACUCCAAGCUGGCUUGUGUCCUACAUGACAUCCACACGAUUCUGAAACCAGGUGGGAGUUUUAAAUAUCUGUUUUAAAUCAUGCAGUAGAAAUGAAAGUUUGUUUCCUGUACACAACUGUAUUUCUGACGUGCUUAGUAUACACAAUCUGUUGUGAAUAACUCGUCACUGUGUAGUUGUUUUUGCUAAGUGUGUCCAUAUGGGGGAAAACAACUCUGAAAUGGGAUGUUUUUUAAAUAUUGUAUCUUGUGUGAUUUCCUAGGCUGUUAUCCUAUAGCAGAACAUAUGGAGUAUAGAUGGUGUUGUACCUGAACAGUAUGUUGUCCCUUCACUAAUACCUUAUCUGUUUUAUACACUGGGCUUAAAGUUGACUUGAUGCUGAAGGUGGGACUUUGCAUACUGCUUGCUGGCUUUCCUGUCUUUGGUAGAGCUUGUAAUACUGAGUACAUUCUCAGCCCAACAGAAUGACUGCUGCCUUCAAGUUUCUGGGACAAUGUACAUUGGUAACGUCAGUAACUUGAGUCUGUUGGCAUUUCAGUGUCUUUCCCAUCUUUAUCAUGGUUGUUGUUAGACCAAAACUCAAGUUCAUUAGAAAUGAUUUGUGCAAUCUGUUGAUUUGUCCUGAAAUACAGUUCACAUUCUGAAUAGAA